AUGGAGUUGUCCAUGGCCCGCGCGGCCAUCCUGGCCAUCAAUGGGCGCUCCGCGUCAGUCACGAGCACCGGCAGAUGCAUGGCCGGCAGGUCGAGCGAGGAGACCGACAUUUGCGGCAUACCCUGCGGCAUGUGCGUGAAGGAGCGGCCGAGGUACUUGGCGGUGAGGCCGGCGACGCGGUCGAGCUCCUGCUUGAGCCGGGCGUUCUUCAUGCGUAGCUUCUGCUUGAGCUGCCUGUGGAGAUGA